AUGACUGUGCUAUCAACCUCUCGAGGUCGCUCGGCCCUGGCGAUCAGUACUGUGUUUACCUGUCUCGCGACGGCCUUGACAUUUGUGCGCAUCUAUACCAGAGCCUUUUGGGCGAAGAAGAUUGGCUCGGAUGAUUAUAUGGUUCUGGCUGCGUUGGCGUGCUCGUGGAUCUUCUUUGGGCUAUUUGUGGGAGAGGUUUACCAUGGCAUGGGCGAACACUAUGAAAAGAUUCCUCAAGAAACAUUCAAAACUCAAAUGCUGUGUUUCUGGGCCUCGGUCCCUCUCUACCAGUCCACCCUCGUCCUCACCAAGAUCUCCAUCAUUCUUCAAUAUCGUCGAGUCUUCCCCAUGUCCAGCAUGCGACUCGCCUGCAACAUCCUUCUCGGGUUUCUCUAUGUCUUUGGUCUCUGGGCAGUGGUCAGUGCCUGGGCCAUGUGUGUUCCACUUCGCAAGUUCUGGGAUCCUACCGCGCCAGGAUUCUGCUUCGACAAAAACGCGCUUUGGUUCUCCAAUUCAGCCCUUCACAUUCUGACCGACUUCCUGAUCCUGGUAUGGCCCAUGCCGGUGCUCAAGUCGUUGCAGCUGCCUAAGCGGCAGCGAUUUGCGUUGAUGGCAAUCUUUGCACUGGGUAUUUUCGUCACAAUCACGAGCGUCCUACGCUUGAGGAGUCUUCAUCUGAUCACCAUUUCCACUGACCCAACAUACGACAAUGUCGGCGCCGCCGAAUGGUCCGCCAUUGAAUGCAAUGUCGCCAUCAUGUGUGCCUCACUCCCCAGCACUCGCGCCUUCUUCUCCAAACUUCUCCCUCGCGUCUUUUCCAACGGCAGCGCCGCCUCCCGCAGCAAAAUCACACGGCCCUCGCGUACCGGUCGUAGUCAACUCACUGGUACCGAAAUGGGCCACUCACAUAUCCAAUCCUCCGUCAUCGCUGACCUUAACGAGCGAGAUUACGACCUGAAGAAACUCAGGCUAUCGCUUCCUUCAUUCCACGGUAGCGGUGAGAGUGAUGAUACCAAUCAGAUGGAUUAUGAGAAGAGUAAUUUGGCCGGUAUCAAGAUCACCACGACGUUGGUCACGCAGGAGCUUAGCCUGGGUCAUCCGUGUGAUAAUGAUCUCGAGACGGGGAGUACGAGAAAACUCGUGCGGAAAGAAAGUUUGUGA